CUACUUCUAUAAUGGCUACUUCUACAAUGGCUCUUUCUUCCUCUACAUUUGCCGGAAAGGCGGUGAAACUCGCACCAUCUUCUUCUGAAAUCACCGGAAAUGGGAGAGUCACCAUGAGGAAGACCGCUACCAAGGCCAAGCCUGCCUCCUCUGGUAGCCCAUGGUACGGUCCUGAUCGUGUUAAGUACUUGGGCCCAUUCUCUGGUGAGUCUCCAAGUUACUUGACUGGUGAAUUCCCUGGUGACUAUGGAUGGGAUACUGCUGGACUUUCAGCUGAUCCUGAAACUUUUUCUAAGAACCGUGAGCUGGAAGUGAUUCAUUGUAGAUGGGCCAUACUUGGAGCUCUUGGUUGUGUCUUCCCUGAGCUAUUGGCCCGUAACGGUGUUAAGUUUGGUGAAGCUGUAUGGUUCAAGGCUGGAUCCCAAAUUUUCAGUGAGGGUGGACUUGACUACUUGGGCAACCCGAGUUUGGUCCAUGCACAGAGCAUCUUGGCCAUUUGGGCUUGCCAAGUUGUGUUGAUGGGAGCCGUUGAGGGUUACCGUAUUGUUGGUGGGCCUCUUGGUGAGGUUGUUGACCCACUUUACCCUGGUGGUAGUUUCGACCCAUUGGGCCUUGCUGACGACCCAGAGGCGUUUGCUGAGCUCAAGGUAAAAGAGAUCAAGAAUGGUAGAUUAGCUAUGUUUUCCAUGUUUGGAUUUUUCGUUCAAGCUAUUGUCACCGGAAAGGGUCCAUUAGAGAACCUUGCCGACCAUCUAGCUGAUCCAGUCAACAACAACGCUUGGGCCUUUGCCACAAACUUUGUGCCUGGAAAAUGAACUUCUUAGAAUAGAGUCUACGCUAUUAUUUGAUUGUUUGAUGGCCUUGUAAAGCUAGAUAUUAUGAAUUACAUCAACAUUAUAAAUGAAUUUUGUUUGGUUCUCCAAUAA